AUGAAGAUCUUUAGCGAUGCCCCCUUUGACGGACGCUUCGUGGUAUCAAAUCCUGGGCCACAGUGGAUGGAGGUUGUGGCCAACGAGAACCGCACCUUUGGAGACAUGAUUGUGCUGGAUACUAUUGCCGAGGACGACAUCACUGCCAACACCAUCAAGACGCUCGAGUUCUACAAGUGGCUCGUUAAUCACAACGUCCAGUACGAGUUUGUGUCGAAGAUGGACACCGACUUAUGGCUCAACGCACGAGGAUUCUGGGAUCGUUUCCUGUCACCGAGACUUUCGACUGACAGUGCCAGUAGGCUCAUGAAGAGCACAGUCCAGAAGACUGUCAUUGGAGAGCUCUACUACUCAAAGUACUGGGAUCUCGUCUUCCCGCACGGCGCCAUGUACACCGUCACAUGGGAUAUGGUCGAGUUGCUGGCGAAUCUUCAGUACAAGCAUCACGUGGUGACGGGCGAAGACAUGGCCAUAGCGACUCUCAUGCUCAAGGGUCACGAGAAGGCCAAUUUUGUAAACUUUAGGGGCUCAGAAAAGUUCGACUACGACAAUAAAGACGCACGGCACGACGGCACGGCGUGGGCUAGAAAAAAGACGCAUCCGGAUGCCAUUCAGCACGCGCUGGUUGGUAACGAUGCCAUUGCCAUUCAUCAACUCAAGGAUGAGAGCUUAUGGUUCAAGGUGGCGGACUGCUUCGACGAGCAAGGAAUCAGGGACGCGCCGCCAGUGUACCACUCUGGACCGGAGAUGCAGCGGCCCAUGUCGAUGAAGUGGGAUGACUUUUGGUUCUGGAUGGGGGUAUCGGACCGGUACGACGCUAGAUUCGACAGGAUACCAGACUUUUUGUGGACAAAAGAAGAUGGGCAUUGGAUAUGCGAUGGCAUAUGGGACUUGGGAGAGACAAAGACGGGAUAUACGGGAAAGGAGAGCAACUCAUAA